AAUCACAAUGGCGGUUAAACAACAAGCACGUCAUGCCCUUACACUGACGUGUUUACUUUCAUCACUUCUACUCCAAACUUGUCGGACUUUUGCUGAAGAACUGACAUGGGAUCAGAAUGGCUACGUGUUGUACUGCCCGUGCAUGGGUCGCUUUGGAAACCAGGCAGAUCACUUCCUCGGAUCUCUGGCCUUUGCAAAGAUGUUGAACCGAACCCUGGCUGUCCCUCCCUGGAUAGUGUACCGCCACCACUCACCCCCUUACACCAAUGUCCAUGUUCCCUACAGUGAGUUCUUCCAGCUGGAGGCGUUGUCUGCCUACCACCGUGUGGUCAGUUUGGAGGACUUCAUGGAGAAGCUGGCACCCAAAUACUGGCCCUCAUCACAAAGGAAAGCCUACUGUUUUGAGACUGCGGCACAACGGAGUCCAGACAAGAAAUCAUGCCCCAUGAAGGAUGGGAACCCAUUUGGUCCAUUCUGGGACUAUGUCGGUGUGGAAUUUGAUAAGUCCGUUUUGUUUGGUGGCAUUUCUUUCAGUGCCCACCACCAUCCUCAGUGGAUGAAGAAGUUCCCUCCCUCUGAGCACCCUGUCCUGGCAUUGCCUGGUGCUCCUGCCCAGUUCCCAGUGAUAGAGGAGCAUGUGGGCCUGCAGCGCUAUGUGGUGUGGUCAGACAAGAUGGUAAAGGAGGGAGAAAAGCACAUUGCCACCCUGCUGACCAGGCCUUAUGUUAGCAUUCACUUGAGGAUUGGCAUUGACUGGCAAAAUGCCUGCAAAAUGCUGAAGAGUGGUGAAGCCGGGCCUCACUUCAUGGCCUCUCCUCAGUGUGUCGGCUACAACCGCCAGACAGCCUUGCCUCUCACCAUGAACAUGUGCCUUCCUGAUCUGGCAGAGAUCCGCAGAGCUGUCAAGCUGUGGGUGAAGAAGACCUCUGCCCGCUCUGUCUACAUUGCCACUGACUCAGAAUCACACAGUAGGGAUAUUGAAAAGCUCUUCAAGGGCAAGGUGAAAGUGGUGAGUCUUCAGCCAGACUCGGCCCAAAUGGACCUGUACAUCUUAGGUCAAGCUGACCACUUCAUCGGCAACUGUGUCUCCUCCUUUUCCGCCUUUGUGAAAAGAGAACGGGACAUCCAUGGCCUUCCAUCCUCCUUUUUUGGCAUGGACAAGCCUGGGAAGUUAAACCACAAAGAAGAACUCUGAGCACAAGGGUCACAUGGUCAUCUGUAUGCUAAUGCUAGUGGACUGUCAAGAGGAGGCGAGGGAGCAGAAAAAUAUUUACAUGUGAUGGUUCAUGAAGGCUGGUCCUAUUUUAGAAUAGGUUUUAAUCUGUGAGAAAGGAGGAAGGGCUUAUAAAAUAUAUUGUAGCAGGUCAGGUGGGUAAUGUGUGUAAUAUGAUAUGGAUAUUGCUGCUACCAACAAACACUAUUUUGUCUGUUCCUACUUUAAAAUCCUGUAUUUGUACAGUUGCGCUCAAGAUUUGGCUUCUACCUGCUUGUGUUUACUACUCGGAAACCAGUUUUUCUUUCCGUCAAGGAAAUACACCAUUUCCCUAACAUUUCUUUUAGCUGUUGCCAUAGUCUGUAGCUGCAACCAUGCUUUUUCCUUUGCAUCAGGAAACUGCACCGUUUUCCUAACAUUUCCUUUAGCUGCUGCCAUAGUCUGUAGCUGCAACCAUGCUUUGCAAUCCAGACAUGUUAGCAGGACCGCUGGUGACCUCAGUGAACCCUGGAAAGGACUGCAGUGCCAGCAAUCACAUUCUCCCUCUUCUCUUUCUCUCUCCACCUUUCCAUCCCUCCAUGUCUUUCCAGCUUGCUCUUUCCUUUCCUCUCUGCCCUCCAUUCCAAGGAGAGCACAGUAACUGAUCCUCCUGUACAUACUAAUUAUAGGGAGGAAAAAGGAGACAAGUCUUUCCACCUCUCAGUUUAUCAGGACCAAAAACUGAUGAAAUGUGUGGAACCCUGUACUGAAUGUUGUUCGGCAGUAUUGCUAUUCAGCGAAUGUGAACAAAAUGUUUCAAAGAUGUUUGGGGGAGAGAAGAGUUGAUUUGCACUGGUUGAAUUGAAUGCAAGCAGGGAUGUGUGGCUAGCUAAUUGUGUUCUUGUGUGUGAAAGCAGUGAAUGCGAUAAUUUUGAAGUGUUUUAUACAAUGUUUUUCACCAAUAAAAUGAUGCACACUAUUUUUUAAAGAAC